AUGGAUUUUCACAAGCUCCCCGGCAGUCAGUCUGCAAUAGGAAGUGUCUUUAGGGUAAGAGCAAAUCGGGCCGGGAGUGAAUUUAUUGUCAUAGAAAGGAACAAAAACCUAAGGGGCGCUAAGCCAGUCUUUUUAACCCUCCGGGCGCAGUUGGGGCCCGCGCCUGCGCGGUGGGAGCUCGCCCCUCCGGGAGGAAGUCGGAAGGCGGGAAGCCCCGCCCCUCUCCCGGCUUUGGCUUUCUCCUCGGUUUUACCCGGCCGGCUCCCCUUGAGCCGUGAUCCAGCCGUUCGCUCUCCAUCACUCGGAGCUCUCCGCUGCGCCUCUCCGCUGCGCCUCCCCCCUGCGCCUGCGCGACCCCACCCCGCCCCACGCGCGGGCUUGCGUUCCAAUUCCCGCCAGGCCUCCGGCCCACGGCACCCGGCCCGCGCCUUCCCGGUCCGGCGGAGAGCCGGCGGCGCAAGCACCAUGCUCUUCUAUUCCUUUUUCAAGUCCCUUGUCGGCAAGGAUGUGGUCGUGGAACUCAAGAAUGACCUGAGCAUCUGUGGAACUCUCCAUUCUGUGGAUCAGUAUCUCAACAUCAAACUAACUGACAUCAGUGUCACAGACCCUGAGAAAUACCCUCACAUGUUGUCAGUGAAGAACUGCUUCAUCCGGGGCUCAGUGGUUCGCUAUGUGCAGUUGCCAGCAGAUGAAGUUGACACACAGUUGCUACAAGAUGCAGCAAGGAAGGAGGCCCUGCAGCAGAAGCAGUGA